AGCAAGAUAUAUUGCAGAACACAGAAGCUAUGGGGCUCUGAAUUUAAAGACCAACUACCCAAUAUAGACUUUGGAAAGGUCCUGACAGAUGACAAAGAACUUUACGAGUGGAUGAGAAAACUUGAAAUAUAUGGUUUGGUUUUGCUAAAGAACGCUCCCAGAGAAACUGGACAACUCAAGGAGCUGUCCAAACGAGUGGCAUUUCUCAAGAAAACACAUUACGGAGAGACAUUCACGGUCAAGAGUAAACGAGAUCCAAACAAUUUGGCUUACACAGGGCUUAAGCUGGGCUUGCACGUAGAUUUGCCAUUUUACAGCUUUGCCCCUGGGAUUCAGAUGCUCCACUGCAUAGAACAAUAUGAGGGUGAAGGAGGAGAGAACGAUUUCAGCGAUGGUUUCUACGUCGCCCAGCUUACAAAGGAGAGGGCCCCUGAGGAAUACAAAACUCUUGAAACGACCCCUAUAGAUUUCUGGGAUGUGGGAGAAGAUGUAAUUAAGUUCCACAAGGUUAUCCCAAUUUAUAUGUUCGGCACUGACAACGAUGGCGAACUUCAGAGAGUCACUCUUAACCAGCAAAGUCGAGACUCGCACAUGCGCGUACCACUAGAACAGGUGACGCCCUUCUACACAGCCAUGAAAAACUACAAUGAUGCUCUCUACAACAAUUCCAUCCGUAUUAAAAUGGAACCAGGGGAUAUUGUUUGUUUUGACAACAUGCGCGUCCUGCAUGGGCGGACAGGUUUCAAAAUGAAUCAGAGUGGGUCCAGACAUCUAGAAGGUGGAUACAUCGAAUGGGAUGAACUGAGAUCUAUGCAGAAUGUGAUGAAGAAAGAGUUAAACAUCAUGGAUUAAUAAAUGCUUGGACUUCAUGUAGUUGAGCCACUGAGCCUCUACAGAAAGACACUACUUGUGCCAGAAUUUGAAAUAUGAUAUACCAUUAGAAAGGGAGCACACGAAUUCAGUAAUUACUGCACACUGAACAGGUUUCUUACUUUAUUCAUCUAUUCUUAAAGACUGAUGAUAUGUUAUUGCUGACAGCCAAACAUAAAUAUAAAACAAUGGUGAACUCUGGGUUAGGCACUUUAGAUAUAUUUGGCAGAUUUAUCUCAAAAGUAGAACAAAAACUAUGAAUUAAAAUAAUCAGUCUCCUUGACUUUUGCUAAACAUCCCCCACUUGGCUACAACAGGGUAACACUGUAUCACAAAAAGGUUACAGUGUACCUAUAUCUUCUCCAUGACAUUCGUCCACUAUCUAGAUUACUAUAAGAUAAUAGUUCGAGUGGUAUGUAAGUGGGUCUGUCAAUGAACUACUGUAUCUUACAUACAAGAUAUCUCCAUGUACUCUAAAUCUAAAAAUAGAUGCAAUAUAACAUUGUUUUCUCAAUUGAACACUAUUUACACCAAAAAAUCAUAAAGAUUCGAACAUAUUUGAGAGUUAUUCCAAAAUAAGAGGGUAGCAUUUUUUGGUCACUUAGUAUAUUCAUAUAAGUGGUGGAAAAAGAAAUAAUUUUGCAUAGUCACAUAAAAGCAAUAUGAACUACUAAAAGCAACUAGAAUUUCGUUUCCAAAAGAGGAAGGGGUAAAUAUUACGGCAAAUUUCCUCACCCUGGGGCAAUUAAUCUGGUCAAAUACAUCCCUGGACGUAACAACAUGCUCCUACAACAAAAGUGGCCAACUUCCGUAUAAUUUGAUAUCAUUGCUGUGUUGCAUGAGAAGCAAAGAUUUGUGUAGAACUGACUGUAUUUUUGGUUGCUUUUUAUUGUAUAACUUUAUAUCAUAAAUCUCAUACAAUGAAACUUUAUCUCAAUCCUUUUUGAAAUGGUUUACAUCACGAUUACUGUCCAAGCACUGUGAGUUUCCAUUUCUUUGUUUUAUUUAUCACUGGAGGUAUUCUGAACACUGCAUCUGAAAGAAAAAUGUAAAGUAUAUAUUUUUCUUCCAAUAUAAAAAAUCUGAAUAUGAAAGCAUGAAAUUAAUCUUUCAAAAAUGUAUGGAAUAUGAGAGAUGCGCUUAAAUAAUGGGUAUAAAAA